AUGGCGUUCUCUUCUCGGCUCUUAUCCAAACCCAAACAGUUGUGUGGGAGCCAAGUGAUACUGCAGCAGCAGCAGCAUGCUAUUCCAGUGCGUUACUUUGCGAAGGAAGCUGCACCUCCGGCUCUUAAGGGAGAUGAGAUGUUGAAGAACAUCUUUUUGGAUGUUAAGAAAAAAUUUGAGACAGCCAUGGGGAUACUUCGGAAGGAGAAGAUCACCAUUGACCCAGAUGAUCCUGCUUCUGUUUCUCAGUAUGCCAAGGUCAUGAAGACAAUCAGAGAGAAAGCAGGGUUGUUUUCAGAAUCUCAAAGGAUUCAGUUUACCAUCCAAAGUCGAACAGAAGGAAUCCCAGAUGCUCGGACAUAUUUGUUGACGUUAAAGGAAAUUCGGAUCAAGAGAGGACUCACUGAUGAACUUGGUGCAGAGGCUAUGAUGAUGGACGCCCUCGAGAAAGUUGAAAAGGAAAUAAAAAAGCCUCUUAUGAGGAAUGAUAAGAAAGGGAUGGCUUUGCUUUUGGCUGAGUUUGAUAAGAUUAAUAAGAAGCUUGGAAUCCGGAAGGAGGACUUGCCAAAGUAUGAAGAGCAGUUGGAAAACAAAAUUGCCAAAGCACAGCUGGAGGAGCUGAAGAAGGAUGCUCUUGAGGCUAUGGAAACCCAAAAGAAGCGGGAGGAGUUCAAAGAUGAGGAAAUGGUGGAUGUGAAGUCACUGGACAUCAGAAACUUCCUCUGAGAGAUUCAACAUCUGGUUUUCUUUUACGAUUUGAUCCGAGGUUGAACUAUUGUUGCGACAUAAUGGAGAACCUUACUCAGAUUAUGACGAUACCUUUUAUUACUUUGCUAUAAUAAUAAUCGACCAUGUCCAUGCGAGAUCCAGAAAUGUGUUGCUGUUUGUGCUAUGAAAAUACAUUCAGCACAAUCCUCAUGUUUUUCAUUUUCAUUUUUUGUCAAACAUUUCAUUGUAUCUAAUGCUUCUCAAUGCAUGGAUCUUUUUUAGGCUCU